AUGAGAAAGUUUUCAGCUUUUCGGUCAGGGAAUACGGGAGUGAAGAGAUGCAUCACGUUGCCCUGGAAGUCAUCCCUUCCACCUAAAAGCGACAGCCAGUGGGAGGGGUUGGGGAAGUCUGUUGUAAGGAUGGCAUUGGCCUCGGACACUGGAAGAUCUGCGUUUGAUGAAUGUAGUACGGCAAGGCAGCAAUUAGAAACGCUUGUUCAGUCGACAGGCUACGAUGCGAGCGUCUUUGCGUUUGGAGGCAUUGUGGUUAUGGGUUUACUAGAAGUUGGAGGCGAUGCUGAUUUCGUCGGGGUAGCAGAUGUUGAACCCGGCGUCGCUGAGGCAGGUGAAAUUGUUUCACGUUUGUCGAGGGAAAUGAGACGUCUGGGUUUGAAAAGUAGCGCGCUGCCAAAGGCUCGUGUUCCAGUGAUAAAGGUGGAUAGGGUUAGCAAGUCCUUACCAGGAACACCUCUUCACCACCUAUCCACGUGCGGUAUUUUUCAGUUUACACGACAAAUGAAUAACAAUGAAUGCACUUCGUUUAAAUCGAGGAUGGAAGAAAAUUUUGGGGCGGUGAACACAGAGUGGAGUAACAAUCAGCAGUUCUCAACGGUUGAAUUCAGUUCGAGUUCGGCACUUGUUGCUGCGUUAACGGAGGUGAAACGGCAUGAAGGUGUUGACAUCCCUUUGCGUCUUCCAGUGGAUCCUCGGAAUGGACCGGAGCUCUACCGACUUUCCUUCGAUUUUUGUUUUUCUUCUGUCGGAUUGCGGAAUUCGUAUUUGUUGAGCGAUGCGCUCUCUAAGUAUGUUUUUUCAAGGCAUCUACUACUUUUGAUUAAGAGAUGGGGAAGAUCGAGCGGAGUUAUAAAUUCUAUCGAUGGUCUUCUGGCGAGUUACGCCCUGACCGUCAUGUGUGCUCACUUCUUGAUCAAAGUGGGGGUUAUUCCAAAAGUGUCAACGCUUCGAUCCGCGGAUGAACCACAACUUCUUCCGCCCUUUCCGGAUUAUCGGCCGCUUCACGAUGGUGAGGACUGUGAUUUAGCAGAACUGGGGUUUCUGACAGCUGCUUUUUUUGAGUACUAUGGCGCUGUUUUUGACUAUGGGAAAAAUGUUGUUUGUACGACAAAUAUCAACCUUCUAAAGAAGACGAUGCGUUGGGAGAAGUCUCCCGGAACGGAGACGGGUAGACCACCAUUUUUUGAAUUUGCGAUAAAGGAUCCCUACGGGCUUGAUAACAUUGGGAGGAAUCUUGACAGCGAAGCUACAGAAUACGUUAGGAGCGCUCACUCAGCUGCUUUGGCGACUCUGCUUCAGGAACGAGGUGACCCCGAUUUCACAGUCAACAUUAUCACAAAGUCUCCACCGCGACCUGUUAGGAGAAGUCGAACAUUGGCUUCCAGAGGAAUUGCUUCAACAACGUAUUCAUCUGACCAACUGGAGGCGCGACACCUAUUAAAAAAGGUGGCCUUUCAUGAGCGCCGAAAGUCAAUGGAGAGGUUUGGCGCGCGAGCAGCCAGACACACCGAAGAGCAGCGUGUCGUAUCGAAUGUAGCCAAGGAUGUUCUUGGCUGGAUAAAAUGCGACAAUCAUCAGUAG